AUGGACAAAUUCAUAGACAAAAUGCCUUCUACAAGAUCUCAAGGAAAACCACAAAGACCAGUGAAGGAGCCGCAUCUCAAAGAACCUACCUUACCUUCAACUCCACAUCUCUCUCCAACGGACUCAGAGACAGAAGAGCGUCCACCCCAAGCGCUUCUCCAAGCCACUCCUAUAUCACGACAAGCAUCGGAGAGAGCACGAGAAGUCUAG